AUCCGGCCACGAACUGGGAAGUGAAGGUUAAUCCCACGCGCACUCCUCAGAUGCGCAGUUCAAACGCUCAUUUACAUUCAUGCAGAGAAAGCUGCCUGUAAGAAGUAAAGAUUAUUGGCCUUGAUCACAUUCCUCGAUUCGAAUUUCUGUUAUUCAAUACACAUCAUCGUUUUGUUCCUGGUUGUUAAUUUGGAGGAAAUCAUGUUAUAUAUGGGCUGUGUUUUGUGAUUAUGAUGAAUCUGUGUAAAGGUGAAAUCUUGGUGUUUUCUUGAAUUGGGUCAUGAUGAUUGGUUAUUGAGGCUUAAUUCUUCAUGAUUUGAAAUGGGGUUUUAAAAAUACCCAGUUUCUCCCAUUUAAUGGGGGUUUUUAGAUUCUGGGGUUUUAAGUUUUUGAUGUAUAUUGCGGAUUUUGUUUCUUCUCGAAUGAUGUUGAGCUGAUUUCAUGUUGUUAUGGCCAAUCAACCAAAAAUUUCUAGUGCAUAUUCUGUUACUUUUGCCCCCUCUAACCCCAAAUCACCUGAAGUUCGCCCGGAAACAAAGUUCACCCCUCCUCUUUCCUCACCAGUAGGGCCUACAUAUCCUUCGCCACCAGUUAUAGUACCGAACCAGAUUCCUUUGCCUUCUGUUAGGGUCCCCAGUUUGAAUACAGCUAUACAGACGAAUUUUAUUCCUUCGCCAUAUGGUAGGACCCCAACUCCAAGUUCAGUUACACCGCCUAAUCAUAUUGCGUUGCAGCUUGCGAGGUCCCCAAGUCCAACUUCAGUUUCACCAGCAAAUGGAAUUAGGGAUGGUAGCCUUUAUCCGUAUUUAAGCACUCCACCUGGUCCUCCUAGGUUCUCUUCCCCACUGCAACCUGCGUCUCUGCCCUUCCGAACUUCUACUGCAACUCCUCAGCAACUUCCUCUAACUUCCGGUUCAUCUUUACCUACGUCAGCAUCCCCUAGUCCUCGUUAUUCGAAUAGUUCAGUUGAUUUGCAGGAUCAAGUCUCAGAGGCUUCUGAGGAUCUCUUGCCUUUUAUAGAAGUAACAAAUGUCUUAUUCUCAGCUAGUAAGGUAUUGAAGCACAAAAAAUUGGUAAACAGAACUAGUUUAGGGUUUGGAGCAUUGGUUUCUUCUGGGAGAGAUAUUCCUUUGGGUCCUCAAAUAAUUCAACAGGAUCCUCAUCGCUGCCAAAAUUGUGGAGCUUAUGCAAAUUUUUAUUGUACUAUACUAAUUGGUUCAGGCCAGUGGCAGUGUGUGAUUUGUCGAAAUUUGAAUGGAAGUGAAGGAGAAUAUAUUGCUUCCAGCAAGGAAGAGCUUCGUACUCUUCCAGAGCUCUUAUCUCCAUUUGUCGAUUACGUUCAGACCGGGAACAAGAGGCCUGAGUUUGUUCCGGUUUCUGAUUCUAGAACGUCCGCACCUGUUGUCCUUGUCAUAGAUGAGUGUUUGGAUGAGCCUCACCUCCAGCACUUGCAAGGCUCUUUGCACGCAUUUGUAGAUUAUCUCCCCCCAGCAACAAGAAUUGGGAUUGUGCUCUUUGGGCGUACAGUGUCAGUAUAUGAUUUCUCUGAAGAGUUAACUGCAUCUGCUGAUGUACUGCCUGGUAGAAUCUCACCAAGUCGGGAAUCUUUAAAAGCUCUAAUAUAUGGAACUGGAUUAUAUUUAUCACCUGUUCAUGCCUCUAGGCAUGUUGCUCAUUUAAUAAUUUCAUCGUUGCGGCCAUACGAGCUAAACUUUCCUGAAGCUUCUAGAGACCGUUGCCUGGGCACUGCAGUCGAGGUUGCUCUAGCUGUAAUCCAAGGACCUUCAGCGGAGCUGCCAAGAGGAGCUAUAAAGAGGUCUUUAGGUAAUAGUCGAAUAAUCGUGUGUGCCGGAGGGCCAAAUACUCAUGGUCCUGGAUCGGUGCCACACUCGUUUAGUCAUCCUAACUAUGCUUAUAUGGAAAACUCAGCAUUGAAAUGGAUGGAGAAUCUUGGCUGUGAGGCUCAUCGGCAAAACACAGUGGUUGAUAUAUUGUGUGCAGGAACGUGCCCCGUACGAGUUCCUGUUUUGCAACCUCUUGCAAAAGCUUCUGGGGGUGUUCUAAUUGUCCAUGAUGACUUUGGAGAGGCCUUUGGUGUGAACUUGCAGAGGGCUUCUACUAGGUCAGCUGGUUCCCAUGGUUUGUUAGAGGUGCGCUGUUCUGAUGAUAUUCUUAUAACUCAGGUUAUAGGCCCUGGUGAAGAGGCAAAUGUAGAUAAUCAUGAAAGUUUUAAAAAUGACAGCUCUCUGUCAAUACAAAUGCUUAGUGUUGAAGAAAUGCAGUGCUUUGCGCUAUCCAUGGAAACAAGAAGUGACAUCAAAAGCGAUCAUGUAUACUUUCAGUUUGCAAUUCAAUACACAAAUGUAUAUCUUGCUGAUAUAUCAAGAGUGAUCACUGUGAGAUUACCAACAGUGGAUAGUGUUUCUGCAUAUCUUGAGAGCAUUCAAGAUGAAGUGGCAUCUGUUAUUAUUGCCAAAAGGACUCUCUUACGAGCCAAAAACUCUUCAACAGCAAAUGAUAUGCGAGCAACAAUCGAUGAAAGAGUACGAGACAUUGCUCUUAAGUUUGGGACACAGACACCAAGCUCAAAGCUUUAUCGGUUCCCCAAGGAGCUUAACCUUUUGCCAGAACUUUUAUUUCAUCUUAAACGAGGGCCACUUUUGGGAAACAUUAUUGGUCAUGAAGAUGAGAGGUCUGUGUUGCGAAAUCUAUUUCUAAAUGCUUCCUUUGAUCUGUCUAUUCGCAUGGUAGCACCACGAUGCCUUAUGCACCGUGAAGGUGGCACCUUUGAAGAACUGCCGGCUCAUGACCUUGUUAUGCAGUCUGAUUCAGCAGUUGUGCUUGACCAUGGGACAGAUGUCUUCAUUUGGUUGGGUGCUGAACUUGCUUCUCAAGCAGGUAAAUGUGCUGCAGCUUUGGCAGCUUGUCGAACAUUGACGGAGGAACUUACUGAAAUGCGGUUUCCAGCUCCUAGGAUCCUUGCAUUUAAAGAGGGAAGCUCUCAAGCUCGGUAUUUUGUUUCAAGGCUAAUACCAGCACACAAGGAUCCCCCAUAUGAGCAAGAAGCAAGAUUUCCACAGCUUCGAACUUUAAGUGCAGAGCAGAGAACAAAGUUGAAGAGUAGUUUUAUUCACUUUGAUGAACCUAGCUUCUGUGAAUGGAUGCGCGGUUUGAAAAUCUCACCACCUGAACCAAGUUAACACAACCUUCUAAAUGUUUUGUAUCUACCUGUUUGAGAGCUGAAGUUUGAAGUCUGAAGGGCAAUUGUUUGAAGGGAGCUGAUCUUGGCCAUUAAUGGGUGGGGAGCUCUUACCUAAUCAUCAGUUUCUCAGUCGUUGAUAACGGUCGAGAUUACAAAUUCUGCUCCCCUCUGCCGGCACAAUGAAAGUUUAGAUUAAAGAUUCUGCUCCCCUCUACCAGCACAAAAAAGUUGCAGGAGUUUUAGCUUCCACUCAAAAAGAAGUCACUGGAAGGAGGGUUGGCUUUCAAAAAAUUUUGUCCUGCCGGAAAGAGCAUCUCCAGUAGUAUUAGGUAAAUUGAUCAGUAUAUAAUAAUAAUUAGCUAUAUUAUAGAAUUAUAGAUGAUGAAAAAGUGAUUUUACUUCAAUGCUAUUAGCUAUAAUUGUUAGUUAUAUUUCGAAAUUAAAAUCUUAUUAUAAUUAUUGGAAGGAGAUGAGUUGGACAUGCAAUAGGGAGACGAGCAUGAAGUUGAAGGAAGAGGAGGUGGACAUUUAUAUCUCAUGUAAAAAAAAUUAUUGCUAACCGAUUGUGGUUGGAGAAGGCAAUUAUAUAAACGGCUUAGCUAUACGAAGUGCCAACUAGGAUUUAGCUAAUAGAUUCGUAUGGGUGGGAGCUGAAAAAAUGCUGAUCAUGUAAAAGCUCCCUGGACAUUGAUUGUCAGGGAUCAACUCCCUUGUUUGAAGCUAUUAAUCUUUCUAAUUGCAGAAAUCACUUAAAAAUAUUCUUUAAUAUCAAAUUUAGGGGCCGUUUGGUUUGCUUCGGAGAAACAGAAUGUAGAGAAAGGAAAGGAAUGAUUCUGUAUUGUUUUAACUGUUUGGUUUUGAUCCGGAGGUGGAAUGAAAAAUUAUAUGACGAGUUUUAUAUUUGAUUUU